GACAGCUCCGCGCCGCCCGCCCGCCAGAGAGCCCGGCGCAACUUUCUUGCUCUCCCUCCUCUCCGAGCUCUCUCUACUUCCCGCUGGUGGAGGCUACGCGGGUGGGGAAGAGUUUGAAUGACCGAGCUCGCGCCCACCUUUCUCUUCAUGUCGACGCCCCUGGAAAUAGUCACACGGAUGCCAUGGUUACUUCUGCCACGAUCUUACAGGUGAACAAGGGGAUGUUCAUCUUGUUUUAUGUGAUAUUUCUCGCUUAUCUCCGUGGCAUCCAAGGUAACAACAUGGAUCAGAGGAGUUUGCCGGAAGACUCGCUCAAUUCCCUGAUUAUUAAGCUGAUCCAGGCAGAUCUUUUGAAAAACAAGCUCUCCAAGCAGAUGGUGGACAUUAAGGGAAAUUACCAGAGCACCCUGCCCGAAGCAGAGGCCGCCCGCAGGCCGGAGCAGGGGGAGCCCGCCAGGUCCGAAUUCCAGCCCAUGACUGUGGCGGACACAGAACCGCUGAGGCACCAGAGACGCUACAGGUCCCCUCGGGUCCUACUGAGCUCCAGCGCGCCCCUGGAGCCCCCACCCCUGUACCUCAUGGAGGACCACGUGGGCGGCCCUGUGGGGGCCAACAGAACGUCGCGGCGGAGACGGUACGCAGAGCAUAAGAGUCACCGAGGGGAGUACUCGGUGUGUGACAGUGAGAGCCUGUGGGUGACGGACAAGUCAUCCGCCAUCGACAUUCGGGGACACCAGGUCACGGUUCUGGGGGAGAUCAAGACCGGCAACUCUCCCGUCAAACAAUAUUUUUAUGAAACCAGAUGUAAAGAAGCCCGGCCGGUCAAAAACGGUUGCAGGGGGAUCGAUGACAAACACUGGAACUCUCAGUGCAAAACAUCCCAGACCUACGUCCGGGCACUGACUUCAGAGAACAACAAACUCGUGGGCUGGCGCUGGAUCCGCAUAGACACCUCCUGCGUGUGUGCCUUGUCGAGAAAAAUCGGAAGAACAUGAGUCUGCGUCUCCCCGUGCAUAAAUUAUUACUUUAAAUUAUAUGAUAUGCAUGUAGCAUAUAAAUGUUUAUAUUGUUUUUAUAUAUUAUAAGUUGACCUUUAUUUAUUAAACUUCAGCAACCCCACAGUAUAUAAGCUUUUUUCUCAAUAAAAUCAGUGUGCUUGC